GCAUCUUUUACUGCACAAUGUCGCGCACCACCCGCCUCGCAAGCGUCGAAUUCCGACCCCUCCUCCAGGCCCCGAUUCGAGUCCCGCUUCGUGCCCUACAGUCGUUGAAUCGCCCGCAAUGCCGUCCCUCGCUCCCGCACGCCACUUCUCCACAGUGCCUCGCACAACGACGCUUCCUCAACCUCUAUCUGACAGCCAAGGCAAAGACGGUUCUGGGCAUGCACAAAGUGCUCAACUUCGACAUCUACGACAUGCCAGAACUGAGCGCCUCGGAACACAGAGUCAAUGUCGUCAAGAGCGAGAAGGACUCUACAGUAAUUGCUGCCGACAUAUCGAUGCAAGAGCUUUACGACAACCAUGUCAAACCAGGGCACAUGCUGUACCUCACGAAUGAGCUGAGCAAGAAGACUGCGGAGAAUUUCCAGAAGCUCAAAGACGAGAACAUACCAAGUGUGGCCAGGGACUACGCACUUGUUGAGGCAAAAACACAACGGGUCAUCAUCAAAAACCCUCAAUCGGGUGCACAACUCGGUGAACUGAAACGCAUACACAUGACUCUCUCCAGCCCGACGUCGUAUUACAAACUCUGCCUCGACCGCGCCUACCAAUUUAUCGAGAGUGGAUCGCCCAUUGAGGUUCACAUCCGUGUGAAAGGCUCGUACAUUGGCAAAGACAGGUUCAAUCCAGGCCCUGCCGACGUGUGGCCGUGGAUGCACUCCCACUUUCCGCAUCUGCGUCCAGACAUCAUCCAUAAGGCUAUGCCGAGCGGCACGAUAUUUCUCGUCGAGCCAGUGUGUGAUGGGAAGCAGAUUGAGUUUGUCCUGUCGAAACGGGCGGGUGUGAUGCCCAAGAUGGACCUCACACAGAGGCUGUUCAAGGUGAAGAGCGCCGUCAUACAGGCGAUACAGGGGAACGCAAAUAUACAAGUGCCGCCUGAGGUGCGCGUGCAGGUGCAAGCUAUGCCGCGCGAUGACAGUGUGGGGCUUGCAGCCGCGGAUAGCGGUAGGCGGUGGGCUAAGAAGGAUGGUAUCGACACAAGGCAAGGGGAGCGUAGGGUUGUGAAGGAAUCUGUGUACAAGGACAAGAAGGCAGCUGGACGUGGAAAAGUAAAAAAAUAUGGGCGGAAGAGCGGAGAUGGAAACAGAGACCAAAGCAAGCAGUGGACCAUGGGCGACCGUGGCCAAGAAAGGAGUCCUCUCUGGUUGCGGAGGUCGGAUGCCGAGAGUCUGUGAACCAUUAGCAUUGAGAGGUCUUGUUCAAUGAGAUGCAGUUUGGCAUGUGUUGGUGCAGCCUGCUUUUGACAAGCGCGAACACAUGCUAUGCAUACAAGCCUGGCUAAGAUGCAGUGCAUGUGUGCAGCGCAUAUGUGCAGCCCAUGGUGAGCGGUUGACAAACGUUUCCAUGUUCGUCGUCAUGGG